UAUGACACCACCACACACUCAUCUGGUAGGGGGGAGAGGGAGUUGCACAACAAAAGCCAGGAAUACAAGCAAGGAACAGAAGCUAUUGUUUUGAUUUCUGAAUUAACUAAGGGACUGUGUUAAAAAGUUGAGAAAACGUAUGGUUUCAGGCAAGGAGUCAUAAUGGAUGCCAAGACUUUCUCCGUUUAUUUUUGGCGUCCAUCAGCUUGCUUCUGACGGAUCUAUUUUAGCUGCUUGUCCACAACAGUAUUGUUGUAAAGAACACUGAGUACAGCAGUAAGGAGGAUGGGGAAACUUGUUGAAUCUGACGCUCGACGUGAUGGCUACAUGCCACUGAGGCCGUAGUGAGGGAGGCUUGUGGGUUGUAGAGUGCAUUGACAAGCCGAGGAUGGCGGAGCACCUCCACAGCAGCACACUGUCUGCGUCUGGGGCCAAUCAGCCCAUCCCUUUUCUCACCCUUGAGCAAAAGGCAGCCUUCGUCUUUGUGCUGCUCCUCUUCAUUUUCCUGGGCCUGCUGAUUGUGCGCUGUUUCCGCAUUCUGCUGGACCCCUACAGCAGUAUGCCUUCUUCCACAUGGACAGACUAUAUGGAGAAAGACACAUUUGACUACCGCAUCGCCUGAGGGACUUCCUGAGCUUGGCCGGUCAUGGCGCCACAUGAUGGCUACCUCACGGUCUCCACCACAGAGUCAAAUAACACCUCUGUGCUGGUGGUGUACAUAUGGUGGCAUGAUGUCUCAUUUUUGAAAAAAACAAAACACAUGUUCUACUAUACAUUUCUUCCAUUUAUACUUAUGGGAUAAUUUACUGCCAGCACAAUACCUCACAUAUUUCACCACAGCUGAUGUCACAUCCAGGUUUCCUGAAAAUUAUUAGCGAUGACACACCCAGAGCUAAAACUAGCCAAUUACCUGUCAUAAGCAGUUUGGAUGAGCUAUUUAUCUCAUGCUGAUGCAGUGUACAUUAUUAAUUCUCACAAUGAGGGUAAAUCCUUUACUGAAUUUAUUACUCCACUACCUUUAUAGAACUUAAAGUGCUUUGGGUUAGGGAUGUAAAAAUCCUCUGAGCUAUUUGUUGAGAAAGUCCUGAGCUUUUGGCCUUAUGAUUCAGUGUGUUUACAGAGCUGCCAGGAAGAAAAAACUGGCCUCAUUGUUAUUAAGCUAAAUGUCAAUCAGUGUAAUGACCAAGCUGCCUCCUUAGGCAUCCGGAUGAGAGCUUUGACAAGUUCCUCCUCUUCUCCUCUGUUUCUCUCUCUCUCUCUCUCUCUCUCUCUUUCUCUUUCUGUCUUUUUCUCUCUGCAGUGUGCUUUAAUAGGGUGUGUCUGAUGUGGUGCAGAUCGUUCAACAGUAUUUCCUAAUUACAGAAAUGAACUAUUCAUUCAAAUGAUGUGAAUUCGCUGUUGUGCACAAGCUAUCUGUGCAUUAUUGAUUUUGCAAAUGCUCUGGUGCAAAGCUGUGAUUUGCUUAACUACAUGUUUUUAGAUCCAGUUCACAUAAACAAGAAAUGUGUCUAUGGUGUGCAAAAGAUAUGAAUUGCCAUUUCAGUGCCUGUUUUUAUUUCAUUUUACUACCUGCUAUUGAUUUAUAGUCUGUAUAGUUGAGAUUGCUCUGUUUGAAACUGUCAUUGGAGGCAGUUAUUGCCACAGCACAUUAAGCUCUAGUGUCAGGAAUUACUGUAGUCAUUACAAUGCACAUUGUGUGUGUGUGUGUGUGUGUGUGUGUGUGUGAGUGUGUGUGUGUGUAUGUGUGUGUGUGUGUGUGUGUGUGUGUUUAGUAUAUUAAGUACUUAAUACUGAGACACUUUUCAGAGAGACCAUGUGCCAUAUGGUUUACAAGUAGGUCUUGCAUUUGAUGUGCUUUUUAUAUUUGUUUCCAAAUAAAUAUAAAUGUAUUUCUUCCAAGUUACUAAAUGAUAAGUUUCUGUCAAAUUAUUUGCUAUGCUACAUGGGAUAUA